AUGUUUAGAGACAGAACCAAUCUUUUUUUAUCCUACAGAAGAACUUACCCUCAUCAUGGUGGUCCAUUGAGUGGGUCCAGGUUUGAUACUAUGGGAGAGGAAGAGGAACUAAUAGGAGGAAAUGUUGAACCAGGGAACAACGGUAGUGGUGAUAAUAAUAUUGAGUUGAUAGCUUUACCACCUUCAUUUUUGGAUAUUUCAGAGGGGAUAGAUGAGAACUUGGAUUUCAUAUCAAAGAAAAUUGAUAAAUUGAAUGGGUUAUACAAGAAGAAUCUUUUACCAGGAUUUAAUGAUCGUACAACAGAUGAAGAAGAAAUUGAAAAAUUGAAUUAUACAAUCACUACAAAAUUUUAUGAAUGUAAUAAUCUUGUUAAAAGAUUUGAAGGUAUCAAAAGACAACCUAAUAAUAAGUUGAAAGCUGAUGAUUUAAACAUGAUUGAAAAUAUGCAAAAAAAUUAUGCCUUAAAGAUUCAACAAUUAUCUUCAAAUUUUAGAAAAUUACAAAAUAAUUAUAUUAAAUUCUUGAAAAAAGAUGAAUUUGAACAAUUACCAAGUUUAAAUAAGUCAAAUCAAGUUAUUGAUCAAUCCACUUAUAAUCCUGCAAUUGAUGAAACUGAAGAAUUGGAAUCUUAUUCAAGAGAAGCAAUUAAAGAAUCAUCAUCAAUUCUACAGCAAAAAUCAAGCAUAAAUGAUUCAAUGAUUAGACAAAGAGAACAAGAAAUCACAAAGUUAGCUCAAGGUGUUUUAGAAGUUUCUAGUAUUUUUAAAGAAAUGCAAAACAUGGUUAUUGAUCAAGGUACAAUAUUGGAUAGAAUUGAUUAUAAUUUAGAAAAUACAAAAGUUGAUUUACAGAAUGCUUCACAACAAUUAACAAGAGCUAGUCAUUAUCAAAAAAGAACACAGAAAUGUAAACUUAUCUUGUUGUUGUCAUUAAUAGUGUUUCUAUUGUUUAUGACUGUGAUAUUGAAGCCUCAUCAUAAUAGAAAUUCAAGUGGAGGAGGCGGUGAUAAUAAUCAAGGUCAAGUGCCUGAUGCUAAGAAACCUCUAGAUAGUCCAAGUCAUGAUUCUCCAGAAAUUCCCGGGAAAGAUAAAACAGAAGUGGAAACAUUAGAGAAUAAUCUGAAUGAUGAUAGAAUUGUGGAGGCUGACGUGAUAAAUAAUAGGUUGAUGAUUUUAUGA